AUGCCGUCUAUAUACUAUUCCCUUUCACUCGUUGCUUCUGCCUUCGCCUUGGGUGUCCUGGCAGAUGAUACGGUCAAUUUUGAUUGGUCUAGCAUCCAGCCAACAAAGCAUCUUGUUUAUCAUUCUUGCUAUGCAACCUUCAAAUGCGCCCGCCUUGAAGUACCGUUGGACUGGCACAACACUUCGGACCCUCGAACAGUAUCAAUCGCCAUUCGCACUCUUCCAGCGGUCGUCCCUCACGAUGAUUCGACCUUUGGUGGAAGCAUUUUAACCAACCCCGGAGGUCCGGCUGGCUCAGGGAUACAGUUCGCCGAGGAUUUCGCUCUGCCACUGCAGCGAAUUAUUGACAAGCCGGGCCGUCGACACUACGAGAUUGUGUCGUUUGACCCCCGUGGUGUUGGCUACACUACACCAGCCGCGGAUUGCUUCCAUGACCCCCUCGCACGGAGCGCAUGGAUGCUAGAGUAUCGAGGCAUUGGCGGCCUGACAGGCGCGGGCCAUGGCCAUUUGAGCCAGAGCGCCAUGGCCUAUACGUUAGCCAUGAACGACAUGUUUUCUCGCCAUUGCCUCUCUUCAGAGGCCAAAUAUGGAGAGAUACUGCCAUUCGUCAAUACUCCUAGCGUUGCGCGGGAUAUGAUUGAAAUUAUCGAUCGAAUCGAUCAACUUUACAAUCCGACUGCAAAAAAGACAACCCAUACAAGCUUUGGAACAUCAAUGACGGAUGUGGCAAUCUUGAACGGUGACGGAAAGUUGCCUCGUUUGCAAUAUAUUGGGUUCUCCUAUGGAACCGCUCUGGGAAAUUACUUCGCUUCCAUGUUUCCCGGCCGUGUGGGACGAAUUGUUGUUGAUGGUGUAACAGAUGCUAAUGAUUACGCCAACGGUGAUCCGGGUUGGCUCGGUAACACAAUCGAUGAUAACGAAAUCCUCGACCGCUUCUGGAAAGGCUGCUUCAAAGCCGGAGUCUCUGUAUGCCCCUUAGCGAAUGAUACAGACAUAUCCUCGGCGAGUCGGCGCUUCUGGUCUUGGGUCAAGAAUCUCGACGAGCAACCACAGAGCGUUGAGGGACCCACAGGCGACAUUGCGGUGCUGACGGGUGAUGAUGUUCGCAGAUCUGUAGGCGACAUAUUCGACAACCCUAUUCCAGGGUUUCGCAAUAUCGCCAAUUCCUUGCACCGGGCGAUGGCAGGCAACCAGACUGAGCUUUUCCAGUUGGCAGUUGGGCGUAACCCAUUGCCGCUAUUCCGCAACAGCACCGACUCACAAUUGCAGCCGGUCGAUCUCAGUUCAAUCGAUCAGCAAUAUGCCAUUCUCUGUGGUGACGGGAAGGACGUCACAGGCAAGUCGGUGUUAUAUUGGAUGCGCUAUGCGAAACAACAAGAGGCCAUAUCCAAGCUCCUCGGCCACUACUGGGUAACCUCGCGUCUGCUGUGCUCAUCCUGGCCCGUCCGCGCCAGUUGGCUCUUUAACGGCCCAUUUACGAGUCCCAAUGCAAACUCGAAACUUCUCCCGGGUAUCCCUGCGGCACCGCUGCUCUUCCUGUCCACCGAGUUGGAUCCUGUGACACCUCUACGGGCGGCUCGCAAGAUGGCCGCGGGGCAUCCAGGCGCUCGGGUGGUGACACAGGAGGGAAUUGGCCACUGCGCGCUGCAGUCGUCCCCAAGUAACUGUACUAGAUCAGUGUUGGCCGACUAUUUCGAUACGGGCAAAGUUCCGGACCGAGACACAUUUUGCAAGGCGGACUGUGGACCGUGGGACCUCACUUGUCAUGUUCAGCAAGGUCUGAGCAUUCCUGAAAAGGAUUAG